CGCCGCCGCCGCCGCCGGCCGGCCUCGCCAUGGCGGCCAUCCGCAAGAAGCUGGUGGUGGUGGGCGACGGCGCGUGCGGCAAGACGUGCCUGCUGAUCGUGUUCAGCAAGGACGAGUUCCCGGAGGUGUACGUGCCCACGGUGUUCGAGAACUACGUGGCCGACAUCGAGGUGGACGGCAAGCAGGUGGAGCUGGCGCUCUGGGACACGGCCGGCCAGGAGGACUACGACCGGCUGCGGCCGCUCUCCUACCCGGACACGGACGUGAUCCUCAUGUGCUUCUCGGUGGACAGCCCGGACUCGCUGGAGAACAUCCCCGAGAAGUGGGUGCCCGAGGUGAAGCACUUCUGCCCCAACGUGCCCAUCAUCCUGGUGGCCAACAAGAAGGACCUCCGCAACGACGAGCACGUGCGCAACGAGCUGGCGCGCAUGAAGCAGGAGCCGGUGCGCACCGAGGACGGCCGCGCCAUGGCCGUGCGCAUCCAGGCCUACGACUACCUCGAGUGCUCGGCCAAGACCAAGGAGGGCGUGCGCGAGGUCUUCGAGACGGCCACUCGCGCCGCGCUGCAGAAGCGCUACGGCUCGCAGACGGGCUGCGUCAACUGCUGCAAGGUGCUCUGAGCCCCGACGGCGCGGCCGGACAAAGGCCCGGGGGCUGGCUGUCG